AAUAAGAGGUCUCUUGAUGUCUUGAAAGAGACGGUAGUAGAACAUAAUGGAGCAUCAGGAAUAUUGGCUGACUUUGCUCAUGACGGAAAGGAUGUCAAAAAAAGAAGAAAGCAGUAUCACCAGCUGGAUGGAAAUACCACUCCCUGCCCGGGUAGUCCAAUAAUACUAAUACAUCCAUUGGAAGAGGAAAAUCCAUUCAUUGAGGAGGAGACGGAUAUCAUAAUUGAUGACGUUCCAUGUGAAUUUUCUUUCAAAAAUGGAGAUCCUGUGGAUGAUUUACACAUGGGAGAGACUAAUGUGUCUCUAAUUUUUAGAAAUUAUCAGAAGCAGUCACUAAAUAUUGCAAGGGACAAGGGCCUAUUUGUAGAAUCAAAUGUACAGGAAAUAUUAUCGUUAUCAUCAAUUUUAUUACUUGCCUCGAAUUCCUAUUCCAAUACAAUGACUGAUCACUUCGGAUUGUCCUUGCUUGAUGAAAUUCAUCAAAAAUUUAAAUCAGAGCAACAAAUAAUACUAAUACUAGAUUCGAAUUCUGAAACAACAUUCCGAAAAGCAGUUGAAAUGGCAUUAAGUGGAUCACGUGAUGAUGCUAUUAGCUGGUUAUGCGACAAACUUGGAAGUGAGCAAUCUUUGAAAGAGAAUUUAGGAUUUAUUAUUCUGGACUGCUUGAGAACGUUACCCUCUUCAAAAAUUAGGAAUGAGCACAGCGAAAUCACACACUAUACCAAUUUCCUUGAUCGCAUUAUGAAAGGACUCUUUGAUGAUCCCGAUAAACACAUAGUACAAUGGCCCAAUACAGCUUUAAACGAAAGCAAGACGAGAAAAGCUGAAGGUCGCGCUAAACAACCAGAUUUCACAGUUUCCGUAAUUUGUCAAUUACAAACUAGUGUCACUUUACUUGUGGGCGAAGUUAGCCCUCCAUCAAAAAGAGGGGAUGUAUAUAAAAAUUGCAACGAUCUUAUUCGCCUGGGCGUGUUUAUGAAGGAUAUUCUAGACUCAUCUAUUGAUAAAGGUGCCGAUAUAAAAGUGCUGGGCUUCCAGUGCGUUGAUUAUAAAGUUGACUAUUAUACCAUGGACCUUGUCCAAGGAAUUUAUAUUAUGAUUCAUAUUGGUCAGAUGUCAGUUCCAGCAUCCUUAAAGGAUAUGUCAUCUUUUGUAGAUGAUAUAGAAUUAUCUUUAGGAAUUACUGAAGUUAUAUCCGAAAAUGAUUGUCGGCUCGAAUCCGAGGAAUUUGAUGAAAUCUCGCUUUGCUGGUCAGAUCCUCCUAUUAACAAUCUGGACAAGGGAAUGUCGUUGAUUGAUUUCGCUCUGAGCGUUGUGAACAUCCUGCCGACCGAUUCGAAGAUUCCGACUCCAUUCUUAUCAUCUCUAUGGAAUAAUCGGCAUGGUCUGCCGGCUUACUACGCAGUUAUGGAUGCAUUCAUGACAGAUGGUCUUCAUCAUAAGCGUAGAGAUGAGGAUUUACGCUGUGUCUUCCACUUUGUGACGGUCAAUGAACUAUCCCCGUACGCAACAAUGUUCGUAACCUCAUCCCAAAUGCUUUCUUCCCUGAUUACUAAUCCUCGAACACAGCCCGUUGGAUCUUAUGCAAAGUGGGAGUAA